AUGAAGUUCGCAGUGUGCAUUGCCUCGAUCGGGCUUGUGGUGGCAGCAGUGUUUGGCCCGAGCGGCACACAGGCAGCCUUCGCCGCAGUGGCACCGCCGGUUCUGGCCGUCAACACCAACUACGAUCCGCUGCCACAGUACAGCUACGCGUACAACGUCCAAGACGCACUGACGGGCGACACCAAGAGCCAGCAAGAGACGCGAGAUGGCGACAUCGUACGAGGUUCGUACUCGCUGGUGGAACCGGACGGCACGUUGCGCAUCGUUCACUACACCGCCGAUCCCGUCAAUGGCUUCAAUGCCGUGGUCCAGCGUGGUCCCGUCGUCCCGGUGGCCGCCGGCCCAGCCCUGGUCCCAGCCGCGACGGUGGCCCGCGUAGCGCUCGAUCCGUACCGUGGCGGUUACGUACUGUUCGUUGCAUCGCUAAUGGCGGCGGCCGCCGUCGCUUCACCCGUCUACGGUCCCCUCUCGUACGGGCCGGGUCUGUCGUACGGCUACGCGGCCAAAGCCAUCCAGCCCCUGCACACGGUAGCGGCCGCCCCGGUCCUGCACGCUCCCAUCGUGGCCGCGGCACCCAUUCUGAAGCACGUCGAAGCGUACGAUCCGAACCCGCACUACAGCUUCAGCUACGGCGUGUCGGACCCGCACACCGGCGACUCGAAGCACGCGGAAGAAACCCUGGCCAACGGGGUCGUCCACGGUAGCUACUCGCUCACCGAACCGGACGGUACCAUCCGCAAGGUAACGUACACGGCCGACAAGAUCCACGGCUUCAACGCGGUGGUCGAGAAGAGUGGCCACGCCGUGCACGCCGCGCCGGUGCUGAAGAAGGUGGUCCACGCCGCCCCGCUGGUGCACGCCGCGCUGCCCUCUACAAUGAGUUUGCUCAGAGUUGCCGUUUUCGCUGCCCUAGCCCUGUGCGCUAGCGCUGAGCCUAAACCAGAUCCGGCCCUGCUGGCCGCGGCUCCGUUCGCCGCCGCCCCGUUGGCCUACUCGGCGCCCUACGUGCAGGCUCCCUUCGUUGGCCGGUCUUUCGGGGCUCCGCUAGCGUACUCUGCUCCGUUUGUGGCCGGUCGUUCUGCUUACGCGGCGCCAGUCGCUUACAGUUCCCCGUUGGCCUACACGGCUCCGGUGGCCGCUGCGUACACUGCUCCGGUGGCCGCUGCCUACACUGCUCCGGUGGCCGCUGCCUACACUGCUCCGGUGGCCGCUGCUUACACGGCCCCGGUAGUGGCUGCCCCAGCUCCGGCCGUUGUGGCCGCCCGUGCCGCCCCAGUCGUUGCCGCUGCUCCGGCUCCGGUUGUAACUGCCCAUGCUGCGCCGGUGGUUCAGGCUGAGUUCACCGAUGCCUACCCGCAGUACCAGUACGCGUACCAGGUCCAAGACGCCCUCACCGGAGACUCCAAGACCCAGCAGGAGACCCGCGACGGUGACAUCGUGAAGGGCUCGUACUCGCUCAUCGAACCCGACGGUUCGCGCCGCAUCGUCAACUACUACGCCGACCCGGUCAACGGAUUCAACGCCGUCGUUCAGAAGGACGUCCCCGUGGCCGUUGCCGCGGCCGCGCCAGCCGUUGCCGUGGCUGCCAAGACGGUCGUUGCUCCGGUGGCCGCCAAGCUGGUGGUCUAA